GUUUGAAAUUUGGAGGGAGAAUAUCGGGUGACUCAUCAACCCACUGACUGCUGAGCACGUCAGGUUGGAACAGGUCUGGGUAAACGUCCCUCCGUUUUCAAUACAGUUACGAAUAGUGAUAAUUCCAAGCCGUUUGAUAAAAAAGUGGUCGGAGUUAUGCCCUGGACAAUGAUGAAGAUAGGUUUGUCAUUGAAUCCUAAACAACAAUAUUGAAAGAAAAUUUUUAUUGUGCGCUGUAUUGGAUAUUAUUUAUUAUUGAAGAGGGGAUAAGUGAAGGUUAUGAUGUAAUUUGCUAUACAGAACCUCCGAUUUGAGGUUGAUAAAUAUUUUUUUAAUAACGCUGGGUUAAUUGACAGAUUAACAUUUGUUUAUCUUCUAUAUGAUUAUUUAUUUUUGUCCGAAAAUGAGAUUUUAAGGUGUGAAAGAUGAUGACAUUAAAAACCAUUUUAGUUUUGAUUUCUAUUUCAUGUUUUGUUAAUUUUUGUGAUUCUGGCAAUAUUGAAGUUGAACAGUUACCAUUUUGUAAUACUGGCGAUAGCUCUCAAGAAUUCAAAAAACUGCUGUUUGUCAGCACACUUGAUGGAAGACUAUCAGCAUUAAACAUCGAAAAAGGUGGAGCAGAAAAAUGGAGUAUUACUACUGGUCCUAUGUUGUCUUCUAGUAUUCACACUUUAGAGUUAACCAACAAUGGUCAGUUCGUUCGUAUGAUCCCAUCUUUAAGUGGAGGGCUUUAUAAGUUUAAUGGUGAUAGUGUUGAAGCUAUUCCUGUAACUGCUGAUAACCUCUUAAAAUCUUCAUUUCUGUAUUCUGAUGACCUUGUUAUAUCAGGUGGGAAGGAGAGUAAAACUUAUGGUGUUGAAGUUAGCACUGGAAAAAUUCUUUAUGAAUGUUCUAUGUCUAAAUGUGAUAAUGAAUCCAAAAGUAGUCCAGUUGGUGAUGUUAUUGUUGUUCAACGCCAAACACAAACAAUUAGAGCUAUUGAACCCCGCUCAGGCGCUGAAAGGUGGAACUUCAGUGUUGGUCAGCAUGAUGUCAAAAUAGCACAUGAUCCCUCAUCAUAUUGUCAUAGUGUUAUAGACCCCUCUGCAGAUCUUAUUUUAAAAGUUAUUGUUCCUGAUGGCCUUAUUUGUGCGAUUAGCAAGACAAAUCCUGGUGAAGUAGUGUGGAAGCAUAAGUUUGAAUAUCCUGUUGUAAGUGCCUGGCAAGUGAUAAAAGGACAAAUGAAGUGGGUUGAUCUGUUUGGAGGCUCUAAUAACGUAGAAGAUAAUUUUUCUUUACCUAAAUCACCAGUACUAUAUAUCGGCAUGCAUAAUAAACAGCUGUAUAUUCAAGAAAGCGUGCAAAUGCAACGUAAAAUAUUGGAACAUGUGAAGACCAAUCUCAUUGCUGGGGAAACCUUUAUUCCAAGAAUUCCAUGGAGGCCUGUUCCAGCUAGAGUUCUCGGGAUUGCUGGUCCAAAAGAACCAAUCCUUCAAAUCACUGAAGAAAAAACUCAAGCGUCAACCACAGCGCUAUCUGUGCUUUAUGCUUCAGAGUACGUUAAUGGAAAUGGGUAUUUUUUGUACAGUGCUGCAGAUGUUGAAAAAGCUGAGACCGGCUUAUGUGCUUCAAAUGAUAAAGUAAACAUCACUAUAAUUAUAGACAAUGGUGAGCCGACUAUUGAAGAUAUUGAUGAUGAGGAUGAAGAUGAAGAAAAAGAAACACCAGUCCAAGUUAUCAUGGUUUCCUUUUGGUACUGGUGGAAAGAAGUGUUGCUGACAAGUAUUUCUACUGCGAUUCUAUUGAAUGUUAUUCUUCAAAGGCGUUUAAUUCUCUUUUUUAAAAAGAAUCAGGAUGAGGAUCGUGAACCAUUAGUGGAAGGUUCCAUAAAUGGUCAUACUAGGAACAAUUCUUCGUCAAAGUUUGCUUUCCCUGUCCUGUUUAGUAGUUCAGCAGAAUAUGUUUCUCGUUAUCUAACUGAUUUUGAACCUGUUCAUUGCCUUGGAAAGGGAGGUUUCGGUGUUGUUUUUCAGGCAAAAAACAAGAUUGAUGAUUGUCACUAUGCAAUAAAAAGAAUUCCCCUUCCUAAUAAGGAUGAAUCACGUGAAAGGGUUAUGAGAGAAGUGAAAGCUCUUGCAAAAUUAGAUCAUCAAAAUAUAGUCAGAUACUUCAAUGCAUGGCUUGAGUGCCCACCACCUAAUUGGCAAGAAACACAGGAUGCAUUAUGGGCUCAUACUCAUAAGGACGAGAUUUUUAGUGACGAUGCAGUUAGAGUUGAUCUUAGCAGUCAAAUAACUCCUUCCAGCGAAAUACCUCCUCCUUUUCCAAUUCAUCACAGAAAACAAAAAAACGUCCUUAAGUCUUUAUGGGAAAAAGCAUCAUCAUUCUAUCCAGGAAGCUGUCAAAUUGAAGAAUCCAUCGAAAACCAGCCAAUUCAUCGACAAUUACAAGAUGCUAGUGAUUCUUACAUUGUUUUCGAAGGAUCCUCUAAAAAAGAAGACUCAUUUAUUGAUGAUACCAAAGAAUUAUCCGAAUGUAUUACAAAUGGGACAGGUAUAACUUGCUGUACAAGACCAAGCUCCCUCAGUAUUUCCUCAGGGCCGAGUGAUGGAAGAAGUCUGCGAAUGUAUUUAUUUAUUCAGAUGCAGCUGUGCAGGAAGGAAUCUUUAAGAGACUGGCUUAGUGACAAUUUAAUACGUGACAAAAAACAAAUAAUGCAUAUUUUUGACCAAAUUGUACAGGCUGUUGAAUAUGUGCAUCUUCAAGGAUUGAUUCAUCGAGACUUAAAGCCCUCAAAUAUAUUUUUUUCUCCUGAUGGCCAAGUUAAAGUUGGAGAUUUUGGUCUGGUAACAGCUAUGGUUGAAGGUGAUGAUUUUAGAUCUCCAUUACUUGGAAGGAAAGUUGUUGAUGAACGUCACACAGCCAGGGUAGGAACUCAACUCUACAUGAGUCCUGAGCAGGUUUCUGGACAACAAUAUAAUUAUAAAGUUGAUAUUUAUUCCCUUGGACUAAUAUUGUUUGAACUUCUGAUUCCUUUUAACACACAAAUGGAGAGGUGGAGAACUCUUACAUCAGUUCGGGAAAAUAAAUUUCCUUUCAAUUUUGAAAAAGACUUCACUGAUGAGCAUGAACUACUUAAAUUAAUGCUGUCUCAAAGACCAGAAGAGAGGCCAACAACUAUAGGUGUUCGUUCACGCCCACCGCUGAGGGAACUGCAGACUGAAAGCACUAUUGGUGAAGAUUGGCAUUUCAGUCUUCCUGCUAGGCAUCGUGAUUCUUCCUUCAGCAGAUCAAGUCAAGAAUCUUCCUCCUAGCAUAAGGUUCCGCUUUGUGUGAGGACUUUCAGAAAGGCCUAUAAGAGACUUUAACUAAAGGAAAAAUCCGUAGCGAUACUCUACUUUUAAUUAGUAAUGCCUAUCGAUGAUAAUUUUAAAAUAGUUCUAUACUUACUAGAUGUAAGUUGUUCUAUUUUUUUAUUUAGUUUAUGGCAUCCUAUGUUUUGUCAAAAUGUUAUCAAGUAUUAUUUAAGUUUAUAUAUUAUAAGACUUAAAGCAAUACAUUCAAUUAUAAAGUGUUAGUUAUAAUUUUUAAAGACUGUUCAACAGUUUAUUUUAUUUCCAUUACUUUUCCUCUAUAAUCUCUGUAAGUUAUUUUCAGUUUUUAAGGGAUGUUGUAUUUAGUUUAGCAGUUCAUGAUUAGUUAUGCUAGUUCCUAUAGACUUUUUUAUAAUAUAAAUCCAGAAAUGAUAGUUUAGUUUAAAUGUUAUGUCUUUAAUAGACUGUGCCAUUGCCAAAAAUAUUUAAGUGCCUUAAAUUUAUGUAUUUCUAAAUUACUAAAAAAAAAAAGAAAUAAGGAAGUUUAUGAUCUUAAUAUAUUUGUUCUUCUAGAUAUCUUCUGGUAUUAAAUCAUUUAGUAUUAAAUGACUUUUGCUUUUAAUUACAAUUUUUUUUUUUAUUGUCCAAAGAUUUAUAUUUUUUUCCGGAAGUUUCACAUUGUUUAGUUGUUCACGAUAGAAUUGAUAGUUGUAGUUUUAUGAAUUUUGUUUGUUUUUGCAUAUCAAAUGCUAUGGUUUUGUCUGUAGAACAAUUUUUUAAGCCAUAUAUUUUUAUAGAAUUUAAGCGUUAAAUUGUAUAUAUUGUAUUUAUUUGACAUUUUUUAGUCUUUUACAUAUUUGUUGGCAAUUUUAAUGUUUUGUACAGUAUAUUUAAAUAAUUUUAUAUGGAAGACUUUAAGAAUGUAAUUUUCAAAAGUACAUUAUGCAUAAGAUGCAAUAAUUAGUUUGUUGUACUUUUUAGAUAGGACUUUUAUUAAACUAUGUUAUUUUUUUUCGACAUUUGUGAUAUAUCGACUUAAUUGAUUAAAAAAAUAAAAUAAAAAGAUAUAUUGAAUUUAUUUGAAGUUAAUUAUGAAACACUUAUUAUGAUACUAUUGCACUUUCUGAUGGUGUACAUUCAUUAUAUAAAUGAAAUAGUUUAGUUUAUUAAAUCAUUAUGUUUAUUUUGGUUAGUUUACAUUAUUAAUUAAUGUUAUAAUAGUAACUUAGUUACUAAGAAUCUAGCCUUUUACUAGUUUCAGAUCUAUGUUAAAGAUAGAUUUGAUUUUUUAAUUUAUUGUGAUUACUGCACAUUCUGCUGCAUAAACCUCUAUCCUUUUAUUAAAAACUAAAAGGCUAAGACAUGUGAUUUGUAAACUAUAUUAGAGUUUUCUUGGUAAUAAAGUGAUGAUGUAUAUAUACCAAUGUACACUAUACAUUUUUUAUAUUUGUAACUAUAUAGUUAUCAUUUAAAUGUACAUAAUUAAAAGUAAUAAGAACAUUUUUGUGAUUUGUAUCA